AAAAUUAAUGAGAAGAAUUUUGCAUCUCUUUCCAGGCCAAGGUAUUUAAAAAGUUGGUAUGCAUGCAUCACUUGAUUCUCAACAAUAUCUGAAUCUAGUUAAAUAUGUACCAGGCUUAUAAAAAUGUAUUGAGGAAGGACCAUAAGCAAUUCUCAAUUAAACAGAAUUUACUUAGCCAGCCAUAUUCAUCUGUUCAUACAUUCGAUAUUAAUAAAUCCAUGAUGCUGAAAUAUAAUAUGCUAUUGGACAUUCAGUUGGUGAAUAUGCUGCUUUGACAAUAGCAGGUCAUUUAGAUCCAUAAGAGACUGUCUAAUUGCUUUAUAAAAGAGGAUGUAUAAUGAGAGAUUGCAGUAAAGGAAGAUAAAUGGGUAUGUUAGCAGUAGCAAGUAAUUAAGAUUUCACUCAAAUCAUAAAUAAGGUUUUACUUAAAAAUCAGAUUAUUGAACCUGCUUUAUAUAAUUCAUAAAAUUAAUUAGUCUAUUCUGGUGAUAAAGAAUCUUUAAAAUUGAUGUAAGCAGAAUUGAAAAAAUAGAAGGUUAAUUCUUUAUUUUUAGAAGUAUCAGCAGCUUUUCAUUGUUCUUUAUUAUCUUAAGGUAAAUUAGAAUUUGAGAAAGAAUUAUAAAAAUAUGUUAAGUUCAAUCCAAAAAGUGAAAUAAAAAUAAUUAGGAAUAUUGAUGCUACAGUCUAUGAAAAUAGAGAUUAAAUAAUAGAAGGUUUAAGAGAUCAAUUAGAUCAUCCAGUAAUGUUUUAAUAGAGUUAUUAGAAAAUUAAAGAUCUAAAUUUGUAAUGUAUUGAAUAUGGAAGUAACAUUUUAACUAAGCUUUUAAUUUGA